UUUUGUUUGUGAAAAAAUUAAUGAUGAGCUAAUGAAAUCUUCAUUUUUUGUAGUAAUGGAGAAGGACAUAAAGGAUUUAUAGAAGAUUUAAACGAAUUCGUGAUUCAAUACAUAAGCAAAACGAUUUCAGAUUCGCCCUCUAAAUCGAUUCAAAAACUAACCAAUGAUCUUCAAGACCUAUUAACCUCAGGAGUGAUGAGUCUAAACCACAAGUUUUCAGCCGAUACUCUAUCAGACGAAAGAUUUUUAAUUCGACUUAUGGAAAUUUGGCAUUUUUUCUUUACCGGUGUUUUGCCUACUCUAGAAGCUAUCUUUUUACCACUCAUGACAGAUGAAAAGUUAAUAUCCGUAUUAGAGUCAAAGAAUAAUAAGCUUUUACAGGAAAGGUUACAACAGAUUCAUUUGUUACAACAAGUUUCUUCUACCUCUGGUUUACCUCCUUCAUCAACUUCUUUACUUUUCAAGAUCCAACCCAAAGAUCCAAAUGAAACGUACGUCAAGAAAUCUAACCUUGGUAUCGAUGUGAGAAGGAUCGCUUUAGAGUGUUUUAGAGACUCGAUGAUCUCGAGUGUCUUUAAUCGGUUUUAUAAACUUUUGUCUUACUUGUAUGAUGAUAGUUUAGAAGGCUUUAAUGAACCUCUUUCGAUGGAUUUGGUUAAUGAGAUCUCUCAUUUCAAAAGACUUCAAAUGAUCGGAUUGCUUUGUGGAUCAGUACCUAACCCUGAAAUCGAAGCAUUAGGAAAACUCAUCAGAUCUGGAAAAGCUGAUCCAAGCUACUUAAAAGAAGAUGAAGAUCUAGAGCCUAAAGAUGAUAGGAAGUGUACGAGUGGAUUGGCGGGCUUGAAGACUAGUAAUCCUGCUGGUAAUUUGAGCUUGAGUCCUACGAUUCGGUCUUGGAAUAAGAAUCGAGAGUUUACGAGAAGGUCGAUUAGACGACAGUUAGGCAAAUCUAGUCUGCUCCAUCAUCAUCAUCACCAUCAUCAUCAAGCUUCUAAACUGAGUUUGUCGAGUUUGAAAACUUCCUUGGAUCUUAAGUUCUCUGAUCCAUCAUUCUCGAAUCCGAAUGAAACUGAAAACGAAACACUGGUUCAAUCUUCUUCUGGUACUGGAACUACUGGAAAUACUGGAAAUACUGGAACUAGUGGACAGACACUUCAUUCAUUGGAAAGUUUUAAGUUCUCGGCUGAUCAUUUGAAACAUGUCGUUCAGUCUAAGAUUAAUAAAUCGAUGAAUUAUUUUGGCACUCAGAGUGUUUCUUUGGAUGAUCAUGGAAGUAUUGCUGAAGCUGUUUGAGUGAAAGAUUUUGGAAAAUUAGUCGUGGUUUUGGAUUGGAUUGGAUUGGAUUGGAUUGGAUUGGAUUUAUUGGAUUUAUUGGAUUGAUUCAUUUUUUUCUUUGGUCUUUGUAUCUUUUUUUAUAUAUUUACAUUUUUUUACAUGUUUGUUCAUGAAUUCGGUUUCUCUUUUGGGGUUUUCCAUUUCCUUUUUUCCCCAUAUAUAUAUAUGUUUUCUAAUCCAAAAAAGAACCUCUCAAUAUAAAUGUUUGUAACUUUUUUUUUUUCAUAUUUACCUAAUUUAUUUUUCAAACUUGUUUCAUUAAAACCAAAACCCAACACAAAAAAACUCUCAUUCAUCACAAAAAAAAAAAAAAACUUUUUUUGGUGAUUUCCUUUCUUUUUCACUCUUUUGAUUGUCUUUUAUAUUUUGUUAUCUUUUUUCUUAUGGUUCAUUAUACUUUGUAGAAUUUAAAAUGUUUAUUUAUUUUCC